CCGUGUCGCACACUGAUGACGUCACUCCAGGCUGGUCAGUAGUGUGCAGGAGGGAGAACAUCAUGGGGAAGAAAGGGAAGAAGGAGAAGAAGGUGAAGGGGGCGGAGAAGACGGCGGCUAAGAUGGAGAAGAAAGUCUCCAAGAGGUCCAAAAAGGAUGAGGACGACCUGGAGGCGUUAAUCGCAGAGUUCCAGUCACUGGACGCCAAGAAAACGCAAGUGGUGGAGACGGCGUGUCCGCCCCCGAGCGCCAGGCUGAACGCUUCUCUGACUCCGCACCCCGAGAAGGACGAGCUGAUUCUCUUUGGAGGUGAAUAUUUCAAUGGCCAAAAAACUUUCCUGUAUAACGAGCUAUACGUCUAUAAUAUCAAGAAGAACGGCUGGAGCAAAGUGGACAUCCCAAACCCGCCGCCACGACGCUGCGCUCAUCAGGCUGCGGCGGUUCCUCAGGCCGGGGGGCAGCUGUGGGUCUUCGGAGGGGAGUUUGCGUCUCCUGAUGGGGACCAGUUUUACCACUACAAGGACCUCUGGGUGCUUCACCUCAAUACGAAGACCUGGGAGCAGAUCAAAUCUCCGGGAGGACCGUCUGGGAGGAGCGGACAUCGCAUGGUGUAUGUGAAGAGGCAGCUGAUAGUGUUUGGAGGAUUCCAUGAAAGCACACGGGAUUACAUAUGUUAUAAUGAUGUGUACACAUUUAACCUGGACACCUUUACAUGGUCCAAGAUCUCACCAUCGGGCACCGGCCCCUCACCGCGGUCAGGAUGUCAGCUGACCACCACCCAGGAUGGGAGCAUUGUUAUCUAUGGUGGCUAUUCUAAACAGAGAGUGAAGAAGGAUGUGGAUAAAGGCACCGUUCACACGGACAUGUUCCUUCUGAAGAUGGAGGCUGCAGAUAAAUGGACAUGGAGUCGUCUGAACCCCUCCGGCGUGAAGCCCACCCCCAGGACCGGCUUCUCCAUGGCCGUGGGACCCAACAACCGCAGCGUUCUCUUUGGAGGGGUCUACGAUGAGGAAGAGGAGGAAACCAUAGAAGGAGACUUCUACAACGACCUUUACUUCCACGACCAGGCCAAGAAUCGGUGGUUUGCUGCUCAGAUGAAGCGACAUAAAUCCGAUCGGAAGAGGAGGCGGCGCGGAGAGAAGACUGUGGAGGCGGAAGCCUCGGAGGCCGGAGCUCAGAGCGCGGCAGAACCCGUCGAGGUGGUGAAGGAAGUGGUGGCUGAAGACGGGACAGUGAUGACCAUCAAGCAGGUGAUCUCCAGCCAGGCUGCUGAGGAGGACAGCGAGGAGGAAGAAGAGCCUGAGGAGGAAGCUGCUGGGCCGCAGGUGGAGCCCAGCCCAAGGUCCAGCUCCAUGACGGCCAUCAAGCAGGGCGUCCUCUACGUGUACGGCGGGAUGUUCGAAGUCGGCGACCGACAGUUCACGCUGAAUGACCUGUACAGCCUAGACCUGCACAAGAUGGAAGAAUGGAAGGUGCUGGUGGAGAUGGAUCCAAAGACCCAGGAAUGGUUGGGCGAAUCGGACUCUGAGGGUGAAGAGGAGGAAGAAGAAGGUGCCGAGGGAGGAGAGGAGGAUGAAGAAGAGGAGAGCGAGGAGGAGAGCGAUGAAGAAGAGCACCCCCCGGUGGAGCCCCACGAGAAGUACUCCGAUUAUUUACCCCGCACAGAACCGCACUGGAUUCAGCUCGCUCGGGCAAACAUGGGCCCCGAAGCCAAAGAGAAGAAAGUUCUUAAAGUGGCGCACGCCAUGGCGAAGACGUUUUACGAGUUUAGGGAUAAAUAAGAACAUGGGGGACAAUGUGGUGACAGCAGCCCCGUCCGCGGGAGGCCGCUGCCGCCAUAGUGCAGGGGACGAGCCCAUCUUUGUGUGGACUCGGGGGAGUUUCCAUAAACUGAGGUUUGAAAUAAGUGGCCGCCCAUCGUAAAGUGGCUGUGUUUUUUUUUGGCGCAUUAAACGAAGACCAUGAAAUUCCAUUAAU